AUGCGAGCGUUGACCAAAAGCUUGGCAUCUCACUUCUCGUGGACGACGCCUGUGCUGGUGUGGCUGGACCUUAUCGAUCCCUCGAUAACCGCCAACCAGAACCUCUCCAUACUCUGCCGCGCCGUCCAGGUUCACAGGGCCAGCCACACCCAGGAGCCCAACCUCACCGAGGAUUCUUGGCCCCGCCCGUUGCCGGGCGUUCGACCUGCCGGGGCAAGCGGUCUUCAAGAUCGCCAAGCAAGUGGUACCCUACCAACGACGCAACCUCGCAUGGGAAGUAGCCCGCCCGCGGCUGCUGUCGCGCGUAGUCACUCGCCAGUGAAGCCGCCAACAGACAGCUUUACACCUUACGUGCCUUUUUCUUUGACUAUCAUCCGUCGAGAGCCUAGCUCGGGUCACCAGUGGACUGUAGGAAAUGUCACAUCGUGCCAAAUCGAAACCGAAGAGGAGUCGGGCUAUAUCCAUCAGCGUCCUGCAUAUGAAGAUGGGCCUGAACCCCCACCUAUCAAUAUCUCUAUCGAGACCUCUGGCUACUGCAAGUUUCGCGUUCAUACUUCGAGUGAGCGCCGCAAAGCCAAGCUAGGUGUCUACCCCCCAGUUAGCGAGCUCCGGUUCAAUUUGCCUGUUGCCGACCUCCUCAAAUCGCGGGAGGAGGCCGCGCAACAGUUGCACGACCACCUCAAUAAGCUGCUGAAGCCCCAGAAUUCGGCGGGAUACAGCAGCGAGGAUAUGCCACUCCAGUUGGACCUCCCCUCCGGAUUCAGAAUCACGAAGAGGAAGACGUGGGAGAGCCAGCCCGAAUCGACGAUGGACUAUGUCGGCAACUAUUUCCUCAUGACCGAGAUGUUUCGCGGCAUGUAUGUCUUGAUGGAGCAAUUCUUCAGGCCACCAUUCCGUGGCGAGCACGCGUUAAGGCGGUAUCCCUCGGGCGAGGAGCGCUGCAUUGCCUGCAAGCUCUGCGAAGCCAUCUGCCCUGCACAAGCUAUCACUAUUGAGGCCGAGGAGCGCGCUGAUGGCUCUCGCCGAACCACCCGCUACGAUAUUGACAUGACGAAGUGUAUCUACUGCGGCUUCUGCCAAGAGUCAUGCCCCGUCGAUGCGAUUGUUGAGUCCCCUAAUGCCGAGUAUGCCACUGAGACCAGGGAGGAACUCCUCUACAACAAGGAAAAGCUUCUCUCCAACGGAGACAAGUGGGAGUCCGAGUUGGCCGCGGCCAUCCGUGCGGACGCACCUUACCGUUAA